AUGCAGUUGGCACUGAGACUUCUCCGACCAGCGGCGAAUCAGAACAUCCGGUCGCCGAAGCUUUGGCAGGACCCAGUGCUCGGUUACUUCGAGACUCACGGUGAGCAGUUUUUUCUAUCGAUUUCUCCCAAAAUCUCAUCUUAUAUUAAUAUUUCGUUUACAGGAAAGACUGAAUUCCUGCCGGGACACGAAUACAAUCUGACUGACGAUGAAAAGAAGGCCGUUCUGUGGAGGUGAGCUAUAUUCGCAGAUUUUUUCUUCGGAGUCCAGUAGUUUUUUUCAGAUACCGCGUGAAGGAGAUUCUGAAGAAGGAGUAUCUCCGUCGUGAGUUUGAUCCGCACAGCUUCAAGUACAAGGAGGGGGUGACGAUGGAUCCGGCCAUGUUCCGCUGGUAUUCUGCUGAUAUGACUCAAGCGGAGUUCUUCCGUUUCACUCCACGCUCCGUCUUCUUGUAUGUCGGAACCGUCUUCGCGCUUUUCUACAUCUACACUCGUCUCAUGUUCGUGCCAAUGGUUAGUUCAUCGAAGCGUUUAUUUCGUUCUAUUCGCAUGUCCUAUUUCCAGGACAAGUCGAACGAGGCGUGCCUCGACGGACAGCUUCUCUGGUGGGACCGUCAACAGGGUAGAACUUUGCAAACUGGAGGAUCCGGACUCUUCGCCCCGACCAUCGGAAUCGACUUCUAA